GUGGCCAGAAGAACUUCAGCCAGUCAUUAUUGGAGAAAGGAAAUUCUUCCGCAUAGAAGACCCGUUACUUUCCCAUUUUGGAUUAAAGAUGCAUGUGAAGAAGAGAGGUUACAAACAUUUGGAUAAGAUUAUCGAGACCAACGGUACGUAUAUCUAGUCAUUGAGGACUUCAAACAUUUAGUUUGCGAAUCCGAUUACGUGAGAUGCUUAAGUUAUAUGUUAUAAUAAUCACAGAUUCGAUGAAAAAGACUUGUAAUUUAAUCAUUUGUUUAUUGUAAAUAGACAAGAUAACUCAGAACUCACAUUAUCGAAUUAUGUAAACUUUAAGACAUACGUCCUCGAUUUUAGCGAACCCUUUGGUCCCCAAGAUGUGAAAGCUAAUUCUCUCUCUGAUGAUAAUACUUUUCUUUGUUGGGUAGUCCUGAGAAUUUGGUAUUAUAUCAAGACAAUAUCCCCUAGUUGAUACUGUUCAUAAUUCUCAUACCUCUCUGUUUAACAGUGCAUAGAAAUUGUGAGAAGAAUUAAUUCUUAUACUUAAUAAUUUAUACUUGCCUUUAGAGGGGUGUAAAAUAGUCCCUUGAAAUUUUCAAGUGCUCACAAGAUUUUGGUUUUGCUCGAAAUGCUUUAAAAAUUUUUAAGGAGGCACACUUUCUUAUGCAAACAACCCUUUGUUAUUGCUUACACGCUCGGAUCCUGGAGUACUCGCAGUUCCGUGAAUCAUAUUUUGUAAGUUGUUUUGGAAAGAAAUAAUUCUAUCCUUACCUUUCCUGAACUGGAGGUACAAAGAGAUAUCUUUUUAUUUAUUAAAACAAAAAAUUAUAAUAAAUUCAUAACAAUUUGAGAAGCUGAAAAAGGAUUGUUGUCAGUGGAAAAUUUGCAAAGCACUACUGCUUGUGCUCACAAAAUGUAAUGCAAAGCUCCCAUGCCAAGAAAUGCUCACAAGGACUAAUAAAUACCUCUUAUAGGAAAUGGAAUAGCCAUUCUUUCAUCGAGUCAAACUUUCUGUCAUAUUGUCCGGUAGUAAACAUUUAAUUUGUCCUCAAAAUAUCAAUCCUUUUAGGAUAGACAGGUGGUGAAAGUAAAAUAAAACAAUCAACAAGGGGGUAUUCUCUUCAUUCCUGACAUGGCAAUCAGCAAUCAAUAAUUAUUGUUGAUAUUUAGAGCUUACAAAUGACAGCUUAAACUAUAUCUUUUGAAUUUAUGUGUAAUAAUAAAGUCCCAUCAUCCUAGAUAGGCAGAAAUAUCAAAUAUCUUUUAUGCUUAUUGGUAAAUAUACAAUCAUGUACAUGUCUGUAUUUUACAGGUUUGUCUGUCAGUGAAGAAUAUCUGUUUAAAAAUGAAAGUUCCAAGCUCCGAACUCACAUGUCUUGCAAAGUUGGGAUAUUAUUACUCUUUACGCACAACAGUAGACUGCAAGGAGAAGACAAUGAAACUGCUUCAAGACUUCGAUGUUAUUUAAUCGAUAUGCUUCUUGGCACUGUGCUGAAUACAGCUGCAUAUGAUACUGCUCACAAUGAACUAAAUUCAGUAGAACCACUCAGAAAUCAGUCAUCUUUGAAUGCACCAUCUUCUCCUCCUCCACAGUUGGAAACAGGAACUUCACCUUUUUCUGAUACACAUUUAUCUGGACCACUGUUACCAGAAAAUUCAUCUUUCUCACACCCUCCAUCCUCUGUACCACUGUUGCAACCAACAACUCCAGCAAGUUCAUCUUUCUCCAAUCCACCAUCCUUUGGGCCACUGUUACAACCACACAGACAAAUGAAAAUUAAGCAGGAACUCUUAGAAACCAAUGAGAUUUAACUAUCAGUCUCCGAAGACAUUGACACAUGAUGCAAUCUGGGGCAAAAUGCAAGCCUAUUUUUCCCACCAAGCUGUAGGAGUUAGUGGUCAGAAUUAUUUAC